AUGUUUCUCCGGUUCGGAUUGGUGCCAACGGUGGUGAUCACAUCGAAAGAAGCAGCUGAGGAAGUGCUCAAGAUUGAGUGUUGUAGCCGACCAGAGGCAGCCGGGAAUCCGAACGUUCACUUACAAUUUAACAUCAGAGAGGAAGAGAAUGACUUGUUGGUCAAGAAACUAACCGAAUAUGCUUUGAGACUAUCUCCGGUGAAUAUGAAGAAAACCAUUUACGUAUUAGUCGGGAGUAUCUUGUGUAGGUUCGGGUUCGGGCAGAGUCUCCGAGAGUGCUAG